AUGUCGAUGAUCGCUGGUUUACUCGGUCUUCUCUUAGUGACUGCGGUCCAAUCCACUCGCAACGAUCCGCAUUAUGUGCCUGGUCACAAUGGUAUUGUCCAUUUGUUCGAGUGGAAAUGGAACGACAUUGCCAGGGAGUGUGAGACAUUCCUCGGACCAAUGGGAUACGGUGGCGUUCAGGUGUCCCCCAUUCAAGAAAACGUGGUAAUAAACAACAGACCAUGGUGGGAACGCUACCAGCCGAUCUCUUAUAAAUGGGAGACGCGAUCGGGCACGCGGCAGCAAUUCAUCGACAUGGUGGCCAGAUGUAACAAAGCUGGAGUCCGAAUUUUCGUCGACGCUGUCGUGAACCACAUGUGCGCCGAUAAUCCGAACGCAGUGGGCACUGCGGGCUCUAAAGCCAACACAUACAACCGUGAAUACUACGCGGUGCCAUACAGCCGCAAUGAUUUCCAUUCCUCUUGCUCGAUCACCAACUACAAUGACGCUAAUAACGUGAGGAACUGCGAACUGGACGGUCUCCAUGACUUGAACCAGGGGACUGAACACGUCAGAGGCAAAAUUGUGGAGUUUAUGAACUCAGCUAUCGAUGUCGGUGUUGCUGGUUUUCGUAUGGAUGCCGCCAAACACAUGUGGCCAGCUGACCUGAAUGUCAUUUACUCGAGGCUAAAGAAUUUGAACGUACAGCACGGUUUCCCGCCGAACAGCCAACCUUUCAUCUACCAAGAAGUGAUCGACUACAACGGUGGCGAAGCUGUCAAGAAAUUCGACUACGACAAGCUUGGCGCCGUCACUGAAUUCAAAUUCGGUUCUGAACUGAGCAACUCUUUCCGCGGCAACAAUCAACUGAAAUGGUUCGUAAACUGGGGCGAGAAAUGGGGUCUCCUACCAUCGGAUGUUGCCCUCGUUUUUAUUGACAACCACGACACCCAACGUUCUAACAACGUGCUCACCUACAAAUCGUCGAAAUUAUACAAGAUGGCAGUGGCUUUCAUGCUGGCCCACCAAUACGGUAUCCCCAAAGUGAUGAGUUCUUUCGACUACCAAAACCGAGAACAAGGCCCACCGCACGACGACCAAGGGAACAUCAUGUCCCCUUCGUUCCAUUCUGACAAGUCAUGCGGCAAUAGGUGGGUCUGUGAGCACCGUUGGCGACAGAUUUACAACAUGAUCCGUUUCCGUAACGUUGUUCACGGGACAAGGGUCGAAAAUUGGUGGGACAACGGCAGCAACCAAAUCGGUUUCUGCCGUGGAAACGCCGGUUUCAUCGCGUUCAACGGCGACAACUGGGACAUGAAAACGACGAUCAGGAGCUGUAUGCCACCUGGAAAGUAUUGCGACGUGAUUUCCGGUAACUUGGAGAACGGACGAUGUACCGGAAAGGUCGUUACCGUUGAACAGAACGGCAACAUGUACAUCGAGAUAUUGAAGUCUGAGGAUGAUGGAGUUCUUGCUAUCCACAAAAAUGCCAAACUUUCUUAAAGAGAAGUGACGACUGAUAAUUCGAACAAACAGAGGGGACCAUUUAGCAAUGAUACGCUAUUUGGACAAUUCUUUGAUACUACUUGAUAUUACUAGUGUAAUAUAAAUAAG